CCCCCUUCACCACAUCUAGCACCUCCACUAAUUAUAGGACCUCCUUUACCACAUAUAGCACCUCCACUAAUUAUAGGACCUCCUUCACCACACAUAGCACCUCCAUUAUAUCUUAUAACAACUCCACUAACACCAACACCUCCUUCACUAUUUAUAGUACCUCCUUCCUCAAAUAUAGCACCUCCUUCACAAAUAGCAGCACCUCCUUCAGUAAUACCAGUACCUCCUACACCAAUAUUAGCAACUCCUUCACUAACAACAGCACCUCCUUCCUCAAAUAUAGCACCUCCUUCACUAACACCAGUAACUCAUUCACCAACAGCAGCACCUCCUUCCUGUCAUAUAGCAUCUCCUUCA